CAUAUCACCAGAUACUCAAGAUACUGAGGAGACCUUCCACCUAUGGGAGAAUGACCCUCGGAAGAGAAAUUUGGAAUCAUCAUCAGAGCCAUUGGAGGGGACAUCUGAGAGUCAAAUAGGUGAUAUUUCACAGGAUCCUGUCAUGCCUCCAGUCCAGAGGAGAAAGUUAGAUCCACUUCCAAAAAAGCAUAGAAAUCUUAGGAAGGCCAUAAGGACAAGGAGAAUGAGGAAGAACAAGAGGAAGGAGAAAGUGGAGACCCACUGCCCCCCGAUACUUCCAGCACCUUUGGUAUCACCACAAAGUGAAGAUGAGGUGGUAGAUGCAAAGCCGACCAUCCUCAGUGCUCAGGAAGACCAUCCUGACCUUCCCAGUGAGGCCCAAUUACAGAGUCAGCAGGAGGAGUGUCCUGAUGCAUCAGGAGUGUCCGAUCCAGCCCUGUGAGCGCCCAGUGUCCCCGGAGCCUGGGUCCUCUUCUCCUGCAGUGACAUCCUUGGCAUCACCACCACUCUGCUUUGGUUGCUUCUUAAGCUGUGUCUGGCA